CCUCAGCCCUCUAGGUUGUGGUACUAGAGUAUGGAAGGAGGAGCACAAGAUUUACCAAACCAUUCUGGCAGAUACGAAGGCCCUCAACGUAGAGGAGAAUGAUGAUUUUGACGAACAACUCAGCCAGCGCGUGCUCCGACCCAUGGCGUAUAGAAGAGUUCGAAUAGGCAACGAAGAAGAUUCCACUGAUGCUGUCAUGGGAGCCGUCUUCUGUAGAGCCCAGAGGACGCUUGAUCAACCUUUUACUUCACAAUCAGGCUCCGCUGUUGGUUCGGAUCAGCACUCUACAACUAAACACCCUCGUCCACGCCGAACGAUCCUCAACAUAGGUUCAAGCAAAAAUCACCAGGCAAUCCAUCACCGCUACCACUUGUUUAAGCAAUGCGCGACAACGAUCUACGACGAACGAAGUUUGGAUAACACCCCAGGCUUCCGUGCAGUAGUCGAUGUUAUCAAAGCUCUGUAUGUCCUUCAUUGGGCUGGAUGGGUGCAUCGUGAUAUCAGCGGUGGAAAUGUUUAAUUGGUAUAGCGAAGGGAAUAUAGGACUCAUAGCUUGAGUAUGCCACUCGGCGUACGGAUCGCACACGCAUAAUGUCCGCACGGUGUGUUCCUCCCAGUCUUCACAACUCAGUAUUGCUUGGCCAGGGAACGCCGAUUGCCGCGGAUAUUAUCAGUAACACGUACCUCUUCAGGACCGCCGCAAGCGA